AUGCCGAGGAAGUGUUCGGAUGGUGGAUGGUGGAGGGGGGUUGAGCUACAGUGGCACUGGUGGCAAUACCUGAAGUUCCAGAACUCCCGGCCAGUUGCCCAACGUGUCUUUGAAGCCUAUGUGAAGGGAUGUCACAACAAGUACAGGCUUGACGACUACGAGAUCCAGUGGUUCAGGAGUCAGGGAGUCAGCAAAAGCUUCAUCCUUAGUUUCCAUAUCCCUUACAAGCUUAAAGACUGGGUCGUAAAUGGGGGUCACAUCGCCAUCAAUACAUUAGAAUCCCUCAUCCCAGAGCAUAUUUUCAAGACUGAAAUGUCGCAUAUGGUUCAAUACCGUCUCUUGAAGCCGCUUCUUGAGAUUAAAUCACAUAUGUGGGAACUACAUGAUUGUACAAGUAUCCUUGAUCGCCUUGGGUUACAAAGCAUUGCAGUGGUCGAUUAUGAGGGUCAUAAGAUGCCUGUCCAGGUGAUCGCUGCAAAGAGCCUUGAGGAAAGGGAAGAGUGGCAAGCACUCCAAAGUGCUAUAUUGGAAAGGUUUUCAGCUCCAACACAAGAGACGAGUGUCCCCCGCCCAGGUACCCCAGCGAUGAACAACCUCACACACUUUGAAAUGCCCGAUCCAUUGGGAAUGUGCUCACCGACCCCAACCCCCAUGCUCCCUGGCUCACAGAAGAAGCCAUAUAAACAAAUGCCUAAGGGAAAGGGGAGGAUUAGCGUCAUGCCUCAGCCAGGACCAUCCUGGAAGGCACCCAAUCUCAUCGCCCAUCCCAUGAGUGAGCAACGCCCCAUUUCAAAUACUUCGAGUCUAUGGGAUGGUCACUCAAUAGAAGAUGAAUUAGUGGAAAAAAUUGCCAGUCACCUUCAGAGCGUUGAGCUUGACUUGCCCAUUAGCACAUGUGCAGUGGGUCCGGCAAUGACCGGAGGCCCACAAACCUCCAUGACGGCACCAAGCACCCUCACACUGACAUCCUCAUAUGAGGCUAUUGUAGAACAACGCUCUGACAAUGAGGAGCUGUCAGAAAUCGAGAUGGAUGUCAUCAUCAGCAUGGGACAAUCCAAACACUUCAGUGAAACCGCAUACCACAACAUGCUAAUCAAUCAUUUUGGUUGUGCACCCACCUAUGCCGCACUGCUUACUCAUAUGGUGAUGGCAAAUCGACGCUCCUAG